CAACGGCAACGGCAACGGCAAAGCUAAAAAUACGCACAAAUGCUGCGUCAUUGCUGUUGCGUGGCGGGAUGCUGUUGUUGUUGUUACUAAUGGCUGGCGACAGCGGCAGCGGCUUAACUGGAUCACAGACGUUUGUUGCAGCGCUUAAGGGCGAUAAUCCGCGCAUUAUCGAACAUCCUAUGGAUAUGACAGUGCCAAAAAAUGAUCCCUUCACAUUCAAUUGUAAGGCCGAAGGUGAUCCAACGCCAGCCAUACAAUGGUUCAAAGAUGGUCAUGAAUUGAAAACUGAUACGGGUUCACAUCGGAUAAUGUUGCCAGCUGGCGGUUUGUUCUUUCUGAAGGUGAUCCACUCACGUCGGGAAAGUGAUGCGGGCACGUACUGGUGUGUGGCAAAAAAUGAAUUCGGUGUGGCACGUUCGCGCAAUGCUACGCUACAAGUUGCAUUUCUUCGCGAUGAAUUUCGCCUCGAACCGCAAAAUACGCGCGUCGCUCAAGGCGAAGUGGCGCUGAUGGAGUGUGGCGCGCCGCGUGGUUCACCAGAACCGCAAAUUUCAUGGCGUAAAAAUGGUCAAACAAUGAAUUUAAGUAGCAAUAAGCGUAUACGCAUUGUCGAUGGUGGUAAUCUGGCCAUACAGGAUGCGCGGCAAUCGGAUGAUGGCCGUUAUCAGUGUGUAGUGAAGAAUGUAGUGGGGACACGUGAAUCGGCGACGGCCUUUCUAAAAGUGCAUGUUCGUCCAUUUCUCAUACGCGGUCCGCAAAAUCAAACCGCUGUCGUUGGCAGUUCGGUUAUCUUUCAGUGUCGCAUUGGCGGUGAUCCAUUGCCGGAUGUCCUGUGGCGACGCACCGCUUCGGGCGGAAAUAUGCCAUUACGUCGUGUGCACAUCCUUGAAGAUCGUAGCCUUAAAUUGGACGACGUUACGCUGGAGGAUAUGGGCGAGUACAGUUGCGAAGCGGAUAAUGCGGUCGGUUCAAUUACAGCCACGGGCACACUAACCGUUCACGCGCCACCAAAGUUCAACAUUCGCCCCAAAAAUCAACUCGUCGAAGUCGGUGAUGAAGUGCUCUUCGAAUGUCAAGCUAACGGCUAUCCAAAACCCACCCUCUACUGGUCAGUGGAGGGUAACAGUUCGCUGCUCUUACCCGGCUACAAAGAUGGACGCAUUGAGGUCACACUAACACCCGAAGGUCGCUCUGUGUUGUCGAUAUUGCGUUUCGCACGCGAAGAUUCCGGCAAGGUGGUCGUUUGCAAUGCACUGAAUGCGGUUGGCAGCGUCAGCAGUCGUACCGUUGUUACCGUAGACACACAAUUUGAGCUGCCACCACCGAUAAUUGAGUUGGGUCCCGUCAAUCAAACGCUGCCGGUGAAAUCGAUUGUAAUGCUGCCGUGUCGCACCAGCGGCACGCCAACACCACAAGUCUCGUGGUACCUGGAUGGCAUACCUAUCGAUGUGAAUGAGCAUGAGCGGCGUAAUCUCUCCGAAACAGGCACACUUACAAUAGCCGAUCUGCAGCGCAAUGAGGAUGAGGGCCUGUACACUUGCGUGGCUAGCAAUCGAAAUGGCAAAUCAUCGUGGAGCGGUUAUCUACGCUUGGAUACGCCCACUAAUCCGAAUAUUAAAUUCUAUCGCGCGCCCGAACUUUCCACGCACCCAGGUCCGCCGGGUAAGCCGCAGGUGGUGGAGAAGACCGAAGACACAGUCACAUUGUCGUGGACGCGCAGCAAUAAGGUGGGCGCAUCGAGCUUGGUUGGCUAUGUCGUUGAGAUGUUUGGCAAGAAUGAGACAGACGGUUGGGUGGCGGUAGGUGCGCGCAUACAGAAUACAACAUUCAUGCAGGUGGGGCUCGUGACGGGCGUGAACUACUUUUUUGUGGUACGCGCUGAGAACUCGCACGGUUUAUCUUUACCCAGUCCGAUGUCGGAGCCGAUCAAUGUAGGCAUGCGUUUCUUCAAUAGCGGCUUGGAUUUGAGUGAGGCGCGCGCCAGCCUGCUAUCCGGCGAUGUAGUGGAACUAAUUAACGCGAGCAUUGUGGAUUCGACAAGCAUGAAAUUGACGUGGCAGAUAAUCAACGGCAAAUACGUGGAAGGCUUUUAUAUCUACGCGCGUCAAUUGCCAAAUCCACCAACUACCACCACCUCAGCGGCGAGUAGCAGCUCAAAUGCCAAUCCAUUGCUAGGCUCACGUAGCGGCAGCUCAUCGUCGUCGUCGUCAUCGUCGCUGUCAUCGUCAGCUGACGCUGCGACGGCCGCAUUGAUUUCGGCGAAGCCAAAUAUUGCCGCUGCCAGACGUGAUGCGGCCGCCAAUAAUGCUGCCUCAUCCACCGCUACCGCUGCCACCACAUAUCGCAUGCUAACGAUCCUGAACGGCGGCGGCGCCUCAUCCUGCACGCUAAGUGGCCUGCUGCAAUAUACGCUGUAUGAAUUUUUCAUUGUACCCUUUUACAAGUCUGUCGAGGGAAAGCCAUCGAAUUCGCGUAUUGCGCGCACAUAUGUCGGCGAGUAUUCCAACAUUCCCACCGACUAUGCGGAAGUGUCAAGUUUCGGCAAAGCGCCCAGUGAAUAUGGCUGCGGUGGCAUACAACGGCAUGAGGCAGGCUCGCCAGCACCCUACGCCACAUCGGCCAUAUUGAAUGGUGGCAGUGGUGUGAUUGUUGGUGGUCAGCACCAGCAACAGCCACGUUAUCAGCAACGACCAGGCGAUUUUCGUAUGCAGCAACAGCAACAGCAACAACAACAGCAGCAGCAGCAACAGCAAUUUCAACAGCCGCAUCAAAGACCUAUGCAUCCACACUAUCACCAGCAACAACAGCAACAUCAGCAACAGCUACAGCAGCACCACCAACAACAACAACAACACUCAAUGGGCAAUAUUUACCAACCCAUGUCGGUGGCCAGUGAAGUCUAUCCGAGCAACAUGAGCAAUCGUUCCGCCUAUUCGGAGCAAUAUUACUAUGCCAAGGAGAAGAUUCACAUCACGGAGAAUAAGUUGAGCGGCUGUCACACCUAUGACACGGCAGGUGAACUGCAACAGCAGCAGCAGCAACAAAAACAACAACAACAGUUGCAAUUGCAACCUUUGCAUCAGCAAUUUGCCGGCGUUGGCACUUUACGUCGCCAGCUCGGUGGCGGCGGCAGUGGCACUAACAGUGGGCGCUUUAAAGUUAUCAUGCAACAGCAGCAACAACAACAAACACAGCAGCAUAGCCCCAGCAUGAGCGCUGAGAAGUUGCAAUUACAGAAAUUGAAUGCCUUGAACAACAACAAUCACAACAAUGGCAAUGGCAACGACACGAGCACCACAGAGCUCUCGAAAAAUUUACUUGACCUAGAUGCCGGCUCAUUCUGCUACAACGGACUCGCGGACUCCGGCUGUGGCGGCUCGCCCUCGCCCAUGGCCAUGCUGAUGUCGCACGAGGACGACCAGGCGCUCUAUCACACAGCUGAUGGGGAGCUGGAUGGCGACAUGGAGCGGUUGUAUGUGAAAGUCGAUGAGGAGGCAAAGCAACAGCAGCAGCAUCACCAGCAACAACAACAGCAACACUUACUGCCUUUACCGCCAUCAAAUCAAGUACAUCCCAGCGUCGCCAUAACACUCAGCCCCAACAGCGGCAACAAUUGGCGCACACAAUCACAACAGCAACAGCAGCAACAACAACAACAACCCUUCGUACGCGCCUCCUAUCGCGCUGGCAGCGGCAGCACUAAUCUCAUGAUGACCAGCAGCGGCAGCAGCGCAGCCAAGAGUAAUAGCAGCAGCAUUGGUGGCAGCAGUUCGCUUAGUUCGUGUUCGGAGAGCGCUGAAGAGCGUCACCAACAACAACAUAAAAUAUUGCAAAAUGGUGAUUGUGAGCUGAUUUAUGCACCCAGCAGCGUGGCGAGUGAACGUAGCUUGCUAAGUAGUGGCAGCGGCAGCGGUUGUGGCAGUGGUGGCAGCAUGUCGGCUCAUCCGCAAGGGCCACAUGUGUGACCGGUCGAACAAUGUGUUAUAGUCGGCAGUGGCGCAGGGUGUGGAGUGGCAUCGAAAGGUGUCGGUGUGGGUUUGAAGAGUUACGGGCUGACGUGCGGCUUGAGUAUUGAUGAAGAAGCGGCAUGCGAUGAAGCGGCACAGGUGGAUUAUUAUACGCGCGAGGUGCAAGAACUGCUGGCGUGGUGUGAGCGUGUAAACAAAGGGCAGCUGGAGUCGAGUGAGUGAGGGGCAAUGGGGAGGGGGGUGGGGAGUGUAAAAAGCAUGGAGGAGGUGGUGUGAAUAUAGAAAGAUAAGUACUAUCUAGUUACGUAUGUGUAUGUGUACAUGAAAACUACAUAAAUACAAGCGCUAUGGAAGUGAAGAAGGAGGCGCAGUGCCCAAGGUGUUCUGGUAGAGAUUCUCAUUUGUUGAAGCAAGGGUUAAAAAAUGUUUAAUUUUUAAAUUCCAUUAAAAUGUUACUUUUCCCUUUUUUUUUAGAUAUUUCUGAGGAUUAACCUUAACUUAACUUUUCUGGACCUAAAUUUUACAGAUUCUAAAUAACGAUAAUCAAACGAAAGGUUAUAGAUAUUUUGAAGUCAAGCUAUUGUUUCGAAAAGUAUAGUCCAUAUCGGCUCCUUAAAAACCAUGGGAAAGCAAAAAAAAAACAUAAAAAGAUUAACGAAAACUCGUGUAAAUAAAUUGAAAUAAUUAUUUUAAUUUUGGCAUUUUUUUCUAAGGUGUAAGCUAAAAUGAAAUAAUCAAUCACAUUAAGGAUAUUUAAAAAGGCAUAGGAAAUCAAAGUAUGUCCCUAUGCAGUCAAAAACCUACCUUAUACCUGUGGUCGCUAAAGGGUUAAAAAAAUACCAAAAUUUUUUAGCUUUGAAAGAAAAUUGAAAUGCGAUGGUUAUGCUUAUUUUAUUAGGUCAUCUAGUGUCUUUCUUAAACGCGCUAUGAUUUCAUCACGACCGCUUAUGCUUGAGAGUAAAAGAACAU